AGGGUGAUCGGUAGGCACAGUGAUGACACGCUUGCCUUCCCCUAGGCUGCCGAUCACGUAGGUCUUCUCUGGGUACAUCGGUUUCCUCCCACCAUACGUAUCCCCUCCAUCUUGGUCGAUAGGAGUGAUACAUAUAAGUUUACAUAUCUUAGUUCACAAUUGCUGUAACUUAAAUCAUGUUAACACUGUCGCCUUAAAUGGUCAGUGAAUACAGUGAAGACCUGUCGUGGAUGACCCCUAGUUACCGAUAAUAGGCUGAUUAGGAGGUAGUAAAGGAAGGUCAUCGUAUACAAUAUGUAAUGAUUAACAUACCUAGAAAAAGUGUUGUCGUGACAUAUCUAUAUCACCUGGAAGUAACGUAAUGGACGAGAAAAGUAAAUUACUGAACAACAAUGAAACUCAACUAAUCCCUGUACAUAAAGGGUAUGGAGCGAGACACACCUUUACAAUUUUGUCUUUUAUCGGUUAUUUUAACUUGUAUUCACUUCGAUACAAUCUUAGUGUCGCUAUGGUUGCCAUGGCAAACCACACUGACAGCGUCCCGAAUCCAAACGUAUCCUAUUCCGGAGAGUGUCCAGAUCCGGGUAAUAACACCACGAUCGAUCAAGCAGCUGGCAAGGCUGUCGAGUUUGACUGGGACGAGGCGACCCAAGGAAUGAUAUUGAGCUCAUUUUUCUAUGGGUACGUCGCCACACAGAUUCCAGGAGGGAUGUUAUCAGAAAGAUAUGGAGGGAAGCACCUUUUUGGAUGCAGCAUAUUGAUCAUGUCUAUACUGACCUUACUAACUCCAGUGGUUGCUAAGAUCGGUACAUGGGCGCUUAUCAUCACCAGGGUGAUAGAGGGGCUUGUAUCGGGUAUAACAUUUCCCGCCAUAGCUGCUAUGCAGGGGAAAUGGUCACCAGAAAUGGAAAGAACUUUACUCAUUGUUAUAGCUAGUUCUGGAGCGUCGCUAGGAAAUGUUAUCGUCUUACCGAUAUCAGGCUUUCUCUGUGAUUCACACUUCCUUGAUGGAUGGCCGGCUAGUUUUUAUAUCUUUGGUGGCAUCGGUUGUUUAUGGUUUGUGUUUUGGCAUUUUCUGAUUUACGAAUCGCCUGCCAGUCAUCCACGAAUUUCACUGAGAGAGAGAAACUAUAUUGAGAGUACAGCUGGACAGAGAGAACUGAAGAAUUAUCCUACCCCUUGGAAAAGUAUUCUGACUUCAUCAGCCAUAUGGGCUAUCAUGAUAACAGUGUUUUGCCAGUCAUGGGGUGCCUAUGUUACAACCACAGUAUUACCAACUUACAUGAAUAAAAUACAAAAAUUUGAUAUCACGCAGGAUGGGUUGUUGCUGGCCAUUCCAAACCUAGUGAUAGUGUUAACAAACGUAGUUGGUAGUUGGCUGGCAGACAUCUUGCGACGUCGCAAAAUCCUCUCCACGAUUGCUGUGCGGAAAUUGUUUUCAACUAUCAGUCUACUUCCGGCUGCGUUGUGCCUUCCUUUUAUUCCAUUGGCUGGAUGUGAUCACGUGAUAAUUGUCACUCUGAUCGUUGUUGGAAAUGGUAUGCUUGGAUUUUGUGGAGCCGGAUUUUGGGUGAACUUCAUGGAUAUCGGCUUCAAUUUCUCUGGUGUAACAAUGGGAUUGAUAAAUUUUUCCUCGAAUAUAGCCGGAGUUAUAUCCCCUUAUUUUGUUGGAGUUCUUACAAACAACAAUGAAACUAUGAACCAAUGGCGGACUGUUUUCUAUGUAUCUAUGGGGUUCUAUGUGGCAGGGACUUUAGUUUUCCUCCUGUUUGCAAAAGGUACUGAGGAAGAUUGGAAUAAACUACCAUGUGAGAAGGGCGAAAUCAAUGUACAAACCCCUGGUACAAUGGCCAGUGAUGACAUAUGCGAGAGGGAAUCUUGUCAUUAAAUAUUUUUAAAAAACG